AUGGACAAUGCGAGUAAUUGUGAUGCGACGGCAGAGCACCUCGUGACCUUAAUUGAUGGGUUCCGUGGCAAGUUGUCCAGGUCUCGUUGCUUUCCACACACAGUGAACCUCAUAGCGAAAGUACGUGCUGAACAUCCAAUGCAGGCAUUUAUCUCCUUCUUCUUCCGGCAGCCGAAAUGCAAGAAAAUAAUUGCAACGGGUCAACACACACGUAAGCGUGGACCAGCAGCUGUUGCUGGUGCAUCAAGUGUGACGGCAACCACGACUGAUACCACUGAAGUCGAAGUCGAGCAGCUAACAGCUGAUGAGGAACAUCUUGCUGCAGACGUGUUGGAGCCGCAAAGUGGUGAUGGUGAGAUUGACGCAGACAAGGAUGCCCAUGACAAGGAAGUUGUCUCAGCCGUUCAUCGGGAUGCUCUCAACACUGGCAAGGAAAUGGGACUGUUGAUAACUUCAGCCGAGCAACGUGAAGCACUCGGGCUAUUUCCAAGGGCGGGAAUACUUUUUUUCAUAAUAAAUUGUUCUAACCUUAUGCAACAGGUUGCGGGUCUUGCCAAAAGACUGCAUGACAGUGCCAAUCUUCAAGCUGCAUUCGAACGGAUUGUGACAAUCGAAGGUGGUGGUCCGUCCCAGAAAAAGACUUUGGAUCGACGAGUCCCAACACGUUGGAACUCAGAUUUCGCUUGCCUGAAGACUCAUAUGUCAUUCGAGAAGGAAAUCAAGCUAUUUACUAGCCAGGAAGCCAAUGGCUUGCAGAUAUAUGCUCUCACCGUGACGCAGUGGAAGCUUACAAAGCAGCUUAUUCCUGUGCUCGAGAUUUUUGAUGACUUGACCAAUCGUUUCUCGCAGGCUGAGGUGCCUCUUGUGCACGAGGUCAUUCCUAUGCUCGAACGUCUCGAACAUAUGAUGGUAAAAGUUUCACGUGAUACUGAACUAUCUGCUAUAGUUCGAGUCGCCGCACUUGCAGCACUGCAAGUCAUUGGGAAAUACUACGCACUCACAGAUGACAACGAGGUCUAUCGCAUUGCAAUUAUAAUGUGCCCUGAUAAAAAAAUGGAGUGGUUCACCAAGAACCGAGAUUGGCAUGAAGAAGAUAAAAUUGAAGCACGGCGCAUCGCAACUCAACGCUGGUUGGAAACUUAUGCACCAACUGCUGCCGACCUUUUAUCAACUCAGUCGUCGAGUCGUCCACCAGCGGUAUGUACAGCAGCAGAGAAAAUUUUGCUUGCUCAUCGAUCUUACUAA